UGUGAGGGUUGGGUGUGUCGUACGCCGCCGCGGCCUGGAUGUAUCCAUUAUGUUUGACUUAACCAGAUAGCAUAUCUUUAGUGAACUAAUCUGUAAAAGAAGAGUUUCGGAAUUGAGUGAGCCAUCAAAAUGUCGAGAGAACCGCUCUGUAGACGUUGAAAAUCGGGAAAAAAAAGUUUGACCCCCAAAUCGGUAUAGGUUGGUUAUGUGCAUACUUGCCUACAGGGAAGCAGAGGUGGGAGUGCUAGUGUUUAUCUUCCUUUCUUGGGCGGGACACAACACGCUAAGAUGGACUGCAGGCGAGGAACGAGGCUCAUGCUGUGUCUGUGCGUCAUGUCCACGUUGAUCACGCAGAGCGUGAGUGCCGAGGUUGUGAUCCGCAUCCCGGCUGAGCGGGUACGGGACCAGGACGGGUACUACCGCCUCGACUACUGGCCGCCGCAGGGUAACCCGCCCCCGAACUCCACCUUCACCCCAACCCAGGUGUCUGAGGGCGUCCAGCUCACCAGGGCCCUCCCUGGCACCAAGUACGAGUUCCAGCUCUACUACACUAAUGCCACUAUUAACGACUACCCCACCUGGACCGCCUCCAUCACCACAGUGCCGCCGCCUCCCAGCAACCUGACUAUCCAGGUACGAUCAGGGAAGAGUGCUCUGGUGAGCUGGGACCCGCCCAUCAUCGGCGGCUACUCGACGUUCAAGCUCAAGGUGAUCCCGCUGUCGGAGCCCCAGAACAGCAACAAGAAUGUGUUCAUCUCGGAGGCGCAGCUGCCGUUCAACCUCCGGGAGCUGACCCCCGGCGCCUCCUACGAGCUCCAGCUCUACACCGUCUAUGAAAACAAAGAAAGUGCUGCCUACAUCUCCUCCAACUUCACCACCCGUCCGAAUGCUCCGGGGCGGUUCAUCGUGUGGUACAGGAACGAGACGACCAUGUUAGUGUUGUGGCAGCCGCCCUACCCUGCUGGCAUAUACUCUCACUACCGGGUGAGCAUUGAGCCGAGCGACGCGGCCGAGAGCGUGCUGAAGGUGCCGAAGGUGGGCGAGCCGCCAGGACCCGCCCAGGCCGCCUUCCUCGACCUUGUGCCCGGUCGGGCGUACAACAUCACGGUGGAGACGGUGAGCCAGGAGCAGAUCUCUGUGCCCACCACGGCACAGUACCGCACCAUCCCCCUCUCCCCGAGGAACAUCACCUUCGACGCCAAGACCCUCACCUCAAACUCCUUCACCGUCCGCUGGGAGGCUCCCAAGGGCAAAGGGGAGUUUGACAGAUACCAGCUGAGUCUGGGGGUGAAGAAGCAGUCUCCUCUCAUUAUCAAUGCCGAGGAGCCGAGGGAGGCUACCUUCGAUACCAACCUCGAACCUGGACGAACCUACACUGUCCUCAUCAAGACGGUGUCUGGAAAUGUCGCUUCCUGGCCCACCACUGGCAAUGUUACCACAAGGCCACUGGGUGUUCUGGAGCUGGCAGCCAUAGAGGGUGAAGACACACGAGAGGUGAAGUUGUCAUGGGCCCCAGAUGCAGCCUCCACCCAGGACCGCUACAAGGUAGUGUAUCAAGAGGUGGAAACAUACAAUGGUGAUUCCCGCACCAGGAUAGUGACAGAAGCACACACUGUAGAGGAACUCUAUCCAGGCAGAAAUUAUUCCAUCUCUGUUGCUGCUCUCUCAAAUGCCAUCGAGAGUGAUCCUGCCUCGCAAAUAUAUAUUAUCACUAAACCAGCAUCUCCCAUUAUUGAAGAAUUACAACCAAUACCUCGUGGACUCAACAUCUCGUGGAAAAGUGAUGUGACCUCCAGGCAGGAAAAAUAUGCUGUUGUGUAUGUUCGGAAUGAUACAGCUGAAUCAGUAACUCGUCAAACAGUUGAUGCUCAUGUGCUUUUGGAGGACUUAUUUCCUGGUGCUGGUUAUGAAAUUAAGGUGUAUGCAAUAUCACAUGGUCUUUGGAGUGAGCCUCACGUAUACUUCCAAGCAGUGUAUCCAAAUUCUGUACGUAACCUGACAAUAAUAGACACCACAAAUACCACCGUGAGCUUGGCAUGGCGUGCACCUAUAGAAUCACUCUUUACACAUUACAUUGUCAGAUAUCGAACUGUUGAGAUAUCAGCUUGGACCGAUCUGCCAGCCAUUAACAGAACUCUAGCUAUUGUUGACAACUUACAACCUGGUGAACGUUACGUAAUCCAGGUUCGAUCUGUCUCACAUCAUGUAGAAAGUUUUACACCCCAAGAAGUUGAACAAACUGUUCCUCCUAAUCCUGUGAGGGGUAUUGAACACCAUCUUGACUCACAGAAUAUCACCUUUGAGUGGCCAAGACCAGAGGGCAGGAUCGACAUGUACACAAUUGUGUGGUGGAAUGAACGUACACCAGAAAGAAAGAAAUCCAAAGAAAUACCCGGUGAUCAAGCAACAGAAGGCAUAAAUCGCAAACUGACGGUAUUGAUUGGCGAGCUGAUGCCUGGAGAACUCUACAGCUUCCAGAUUUAUACCACUGCUCAUGGGGUCAACAGUGAAAAUGUUUCUCUCUCCAGUAGAACAAGACCAGUAAUCACAUCGGAUAUAACUAUUGUCAAUCAACUUGACACCCAAUCCUUCACGCUGCGCUACACACCAACGCCUACAGCUGUGGCCACUUUUGACACAUACAGAUUCAUGCUGUCUGAUCCAGCUAUACCUGUUAAGGAAAAACUAGCUACUGAUGAUGACAGGAAGAUUAUUUUUGAAAAGCUUGUGCCUGGUCGGUUGUACAACAUCACAGCCUGGACAGUGUCAGGUGGUGUGACAAGCCAGCCUCUCAUACGCCAGGAUCGCCUCUAUCCAGAACCUGUCACAGACAUCAAUGUCACUUCCAUAUCCGACACAGAAAUUUCUCUUGCAUGGACAAAACCAAAAGGAGAUUAUGAUUCAUUUGAGGUUCAAUACUUGACUGAGGAUGAGCUGAUCACUAACCGUACCAGCUACGAUUCCAUUACUAUCUCACGCCUUCGUCCCCACCGUAACUACACAUUCACUGUACUCACACGUGCUGGCAGCUUAGAACAUAUCAUCAUGAGGCAGUCCAAACCUGUGUCAGCCACAUUUAGCACCAGAGAAAGCACUCCUGGAAAGGUGGCACUAUUCAACGCAGCUCUAAUAAAACCAAACCAGAUUACUUUAAAUUGGUCAUUGCCUCUAGAUGAACAGAAUGGAAUUAUCUUAGGGUUCACCAUCAAAUAUGGAAUAAAGGGUUCCCCAUCUACCAAUGUCCGACAAUUUAGUCCUGAUGAAUUGGAAGGGACCAUUACAAAUCUUUUUCCUGGACAAACUUAUUUAUUUGAAAUUGAAGCAAGAACAGUAAUUGGCUCAGGGCGUGUUAAAAGCCUGGAGGAGACUAUGCCAAUCUGGGCCCCACCCGAUCCCAGUCAUCAAGUCUUUCCUACUGAGGUGUCACGUACUUCUUCCACUAUUCGCAUCCGGUAUCGUAAGAAUUACUUUUCCAAUGAGAAUGGACAAGUUACUGAAUAUAGUAUUAUUGUAGCUGAGGAUGAUUCCAAAAUCUCAAGAGGGUUGGAAAUGCCAGUAUGGCAAGAUGUACAGAGCUAUUCUGUUUGGCCACCAUACCAGGUGACAGAGCCAUACUAUCCCUUCAACACCUCAUCUGUAGAAGAUUUUGAUAUUGGCACCGAGAAGGACUGUAUGAUGCGGAUUGGAUACUGUAAUGGAGAACUCAAGCCAGGAACUACUUAUAGGGUCAAAAUUCGGGCCUACACAGCUAGGGACAAAUUUGCCGAUACCUACUUCAGCCACCCAAUAACUACUGAAUUUGAAAGUCGAAAUGUGGGUUUGUCUGUGGCUGUGCCAGUGUUGGUGCUGGUGUUAGUGGUUGUGGUGGUCAUCAUCAUGAGGCGUCGACGAGUUUGUCUCUUUCCUAAGAAGACCAUGGACCCUAACAGAAAGGAUGGAGAUAUGCACUCGCUUCCAGAUUCUCUAAUUGAAACAAGCCGCCCUGUGAAACUGAAGGACUUUGCAGCACAUUAUAGGUUUAUGGCAGCUGACUCAGAAUAUCACUUUUCUGAAGAAUAUGAAGCACUCAAACAUGUUGGACAUGACCUUCAGCGUAACGCUGCUGAUUUGCCUGUCAAUCGACCUAAAAACCGCUUUACCAAUAUUCUUCCUUAUGACCAUUCUCGCUUCAAACUACAGCCCACUGACGAUGAAGAAGGCACUGAUUAUAUCAAUGCAAAUUAUGUACCAGGAUAUAAUUCACCAAGAGAAUUUAUAGUGACGCAAGGUCCUUUGCCAUCAACACGGGAUGACUUCUGGAGAAUGUGUUGGGAAAGCAACUCGCGUGCCAUAGUAAUGCUUACACGAUGUAUUGAAAAGGGUCGUGAAAAGUGUGACCAUUAUUGGCCAUAUGAUACUCAGCCUGUGUAUUAUGGAGACAUUCAAGUAACCAUCCUGAAUGAAAGCCAGUUCCCAGAUUGGAAUAUAUCGGAGUUCAGAGUCUGCAAGGGAGAUAUAUGCCGUGUUGUGCGCCAUUUCCACUUCACAACCUGGCCAGAUUUUGGUGUUCCAGAGCCACCACAAACACUAGUUAGAUUUGUUAGAUCAUUUCGGGAGCGGGUUGGCCCAGAUCAAAAACCCAUUGUUGUGCACUGCAGUGCUGGUGUGGGUCGCUCAGGAACUUUCAUUGCUUUGGACCGUAUUUUAUUUAGCCUUCGCACCUGUGAUUAUGUGGACAUAUUUGGUAUUGUGUAUGAAAUGCGAAGAGAACGGGUAUGGAUGGUACAAACCGAGCAACAAUAUAUAUGCAUACAUCAAUGCCUUUUAGCUGUGCUAGAAGGAAGAGAAAAUGAGCAUUCCAUCACUGAAAUUCAUGAUAAUCAAGGAUUUGAAGAGCUCAAUGGAAUGGUGAUGUGUGGAGUUGCAACAAAGCAAAGAUGAUACUCUUUUCCUCUGCUGCUGCCAUAUCUGGAUGAUGAGGGGAUAGCAGAAUCGGGCAUGUGACAGGAGGCUUAUGGGCUGCAACCAUUACCAGCCUAUGCAAGUUUAGAUUUAAAAUAACAACCACAAUCUACUUCCUGAGAAAUUUGUUUAAGAAAUGAAUUUCCAGAGGAACUUAUAAACUCUUUUUGGAUAAAGCAGACAUUGUCAUCUGACAACUUGUUUAUGCUUAUGAGAGUGGUAGAUUGUGUGACUGACAUUUCUUAGAUAAGGUUGUGUUAUUGGUUAAUCUUGAGAAGAGAUAUACGGAAAGCAAAUUAUAAUAAUUGUAAAUACUCAACAUUACCAGUAGACAUGACAAUCUGAUAUUAAAAAUUAUAUAUUAUUUAAUGCUUGUUGUUUUGCUGGUGCACGUAAGAAAUUUCACCUAAAAAAUGUUGUUUCUAAGAAAUAUUUCUACCUCUUUAAAUAUUGAAAUGUUAUAAUAAUGACACACUACACUCGCCGAGUACGUAUAUGCCUCAUAUGUGGCGACACGGGUGCGUUAUUCUACGGAUACGUACAUGAGAUGAUAAUUUUGCUCGACUUGUGCAUGUGAUGCCUAAAGACAAUGCUGGAUACACCCACUUCGUAAAGAAUGAUGAAAAUGUUUUUAUACCUAGUGCCAUUUUAUCUCGGAGUUUGUCGGUGACAAAACUCGUCAAGACUUAACAGGAGAAAUGUGAAUCCGUCCUCAAGUUCUGUAGUAAUGUUUUCUCUUGUAUUUUUAUUCCUUUAUAUUACUGUAUAAUUAUUUUUUACUGAUGUAUAUUUUAUGCCUUUUCCUUGAAUUGUAUCUAUGUUUAUGAUGUUCUUCAUAGGUUGUUUUAGACAUACAGCUCAUCUAUAAUGUGUUUUACAAGACAUCACUGACAUUUCUCAUGCUAAUUUACAUGUUGUCUUUUACAAGUCCUCAGUAAACUCAUAAUGUAUUGGAUUCGAGAAACCAUACUGACAAGUAAAUAAUAGGAACACUAGUUGGGUUAUAUACCCAAAUGUUGAAGAUAAAGAAGUAUAAUUUAUCAACUUUAUUUUAUCUUGUUCAGCAUUAUUUUAUUGUCUUUCCUAAUUUUCAUCUUUCAUAUUCACUUUUUUCUGUUUUUGUGUACUCUUAUAAAGGAUAAAUUAUCUCAUUUCAAAAAUAUUCAUAUUUCUGCCAAAGAAACAGCUGAUGACCGCUUAAUGAAUUUAAUAACCUAACUUCUGAUAGUGUGAUCUUUACAUCAGUCUUCAAGAUUAGAGACAUUUAAGUACUUGAAAAUAAUCUGUAUUUAUUUGGUUUGGCACUCAAAAUUCAUAGUACAGUAUGCAUAAUACUGUUAGAACAGUAAUCAGCAAAAUUUGUCUGUUAUUUAUUGUGAAAUUAGGUACCAGUGGGACCUCACUUAAACUACUUUAUACGGGGUGGAGCUGAUUUUUUAAAAUUUCGAUGCAGUAUUUAUUGUAGGUUCCAUAUAGAAUAGGACAGCUGAUUACUUGGAUGUGUCCUGAUGGGUUGUCACUACAACAACUUAUGCAAACAAUCCUCAUAAAUACAACAUUUUUUGUUACAACGAGCAAUUUGAGCUGCAAACAAUCCUCAUAAAUACAACAUUUUUUGUUAUAACGAGCAGCAAUUUGAGCUAAAGACAAACGUUCAUACAUUACAGGAGUUUGAUUUACUGUAGUGUUAUUCGUUGGAGCGAGGUGUCUGUACUGUACAGAGUCCUGGUUAUCUGAAACAGAAUCAUCUGAAAGUCCAGGUUAACCAAAGGAAAACCAACCUGGAUAGUAGUCUGGAAUAUCUAAAGGCCAUUUAAAAUAUUUGGAACAUGUAUCAAAUAAUCAUAUUUUUUUUUUAAGUUAUCUGAAGGCCUUAUGAGUAUUUGGGUAAUUUUGUUUAAAACUGGGAUUUAUUACAAAUUUGUGUUAGAUAUAAAUGUUGUUGUCUAUUAUAUGUGCUAAUCAAAAGAAUAUUUUUUGUCUUAAAAAUUGGCAAAAUGAAAGUCUGGAUUAAUGAUAAGGGGUACAAUCCUAGUUACUGUUGGUAGGCUGAACUCCAGUACAGCUUAUGAAAGAUGGAUAAAAGUUUACACAAUAUCAAAUGAGAAAAUGCACAGGCCAUUAUUUGCUAUUACAUACUCAAGCAUUAUUUUGGGAUUAGUGAUAUUUAUUGCUUAAAUGUGAGGGUGUUGGUCACGGCUGUUUUAGUAGCUUUACAUGAAAUGUUAAUGAUUUCUUGUAAUAUUUUAUUUCAGUGUCUAGUCUUAACAAGAAAACAAAAUUUAGUGGGACCAUGGUUGAAUGAGUCUGUGUUGUUGUGUAGUGAUUUAUUUAUAGAUAUAUCCUUUAUAUUUUGUUUAUGGAAUUAAUGUAAUAGGUGAGGAAUUAUAUAAAUAACUGACAGAACUAUUAAAAAUCUUUAAAUUAAUAAAGAUUUAAAGUUUAUUUGUUAACAUUAAUUAAACAUGCACAUUCAUACUACAUACACACACAUAUACACAUACACACACAUAUACACACACACACAAAGUACAUUAAGUGAAGAACCUAUGCUACACUUUCCAAUUUCAGAAUUGCUUUGAAAUAAUUACUAAAGAAAUUGUUCAUGACCUUUGUGAGACCAAAGAUGAAUAUGCAGCAGUUGUGUGGUGCUCAUACCUUAAGAAGUGCAUCAACAAACUGGAAAAAGUGCAAGGACAUGCAACUAGUUACCUCCCAGAUCUGAAAGACAAGAGCUAUGAGGAGAGUUUAGAGGCAUUAAGUAUGCCAAAACUAAAAGAUAAAGAAAAAAAAAAAAAGAGGCAAAAUGAUCACUAUGUACAAAAUAGUAACAGGAAUCAACAAAAUUGAUUGGGAAGAAUUCCUGAGACAUGGAACUUCAAGAACAAGAGGUCGCACCUCUUGCGCACCACUACCGCAAACACAGUGGUAGACGGUUGGAACAAGUUAGCGAGAAGGUGGUGGAGGCCAAAACUGUCAGUAGUUUCAAAGCAUUAUAUGACAAAGUGCUGGGAAGACAGGACACCACAAGCAUAGCUCUCAUCCUGUAACUACACUUGGGUAAUUACACACACACACACACACGUGUACAUAUGUACGUUCUUUGAUGCUGUGUUUCCUUUGGUAAUACAUGGACAUAUAUGUACUUAAAUAUAUAUAUAUAAUAGAUAUACAUACAAUAAAUUAGAAAAAAUGCCAUCACUGUAUUCAUUUAUCUAUGAGUGAUAUGUGAAUGGAUUGUUGAUUGUAAUUUAAUAGUGUCCUAAGUUCUGUUUCUGAAUAAGUUCAUCUCUAAAGAUAAAUGUGAAAUUUAGUAGCAUAUAUUAUGCCUUAAACUGUAUAACAGUAUUUUUAUCAAAUUAAAUAUAUAUGUAUAAAAAAGAAUUUACAGAAAGUAUUCAUUAUUGCUUUUUGCUCUGAUAUAGCCAUUGCUACUCAUCACUGCACCCACUGAUGCAAAGUUUGUAAUAGAUCCAAUCAUAAUUCUGCUAUGUGUAGGAAUAACAAAAUUAGUUUAUAGAUUACUUAAGCUUGACUUCAUAAUACCAUUAACCGGUUUGCAUAAGCUUACCUCAUUAUCUUGCUCAGUGGAAAAGCUUAACGAGUUAAGUUUUUAUAUUUUUUCAAUAGCCAACACAUGUAAUAUUCAGUGUUGUUGAAAUGUAUGUUGUAAAUAUAUCUGUAUUUUUCUACACAUUAAUGUAAAUACUUCCAUGUACAGAAUUUUUUAUUAGAAUUAGGUGGAACAUUCAUAGUGAUUAUAAAUGGCAAUCUUGAAGACUAGUGAUAUAGUCAACAAUUUAGGUAGCUAUAAUUAAGUCAAGAUCAUAAAUGCUCUGGAGAAUGCAUCAUAUAAAUUGAUAUCAGCGACUGAUUAUAUUAAAUUGUUCUGCACAAGAUUUUUAAGGUAUAGUCAAUAAUUUAUGAGAAUUAUUUUGUACAAUAGUACUAAGAAUUUUAUAAAUUCUUUUUUUCUACCAUAAGUACUUCAACUUCUUAAGUUCCUGCUGUCUAUUUAGUCAACAAAAGAGUAUUGUACUUUAUUUGCCUUGUCUCAAAAAUUACUGUUAAGUCUUAAAAUAUACUUUUCAAAAUGAUUGCAACACUAAUAGGAGCAAAAUGUGCAAUUUUGUUACUAGCCUGUACCAGGUGUGUGACUCAUUAUGAAUAAUAGCAUUAGUCUUCACAAAGUCUGUCCAUUAUUAUUUGUUUAACUAUGGAUAACUAAAAGAUAAAUGUCAUAUACUCACAUGUAUAUAAGAUCAUAUUUAUAGAUCUUGUUAAAUAAUUAAAACAUUAUUAAAA